CCGCACAAAAAAGUCCUUUUGAAGGCGGUUCGUGAUUUUGACAUUGAAUGUCCUGAUGGCGGAUGUUCGGAGCCAUGGUAAAAUCGUCCUGCUCGACACAGAGAUUUAUUUAGCUAAUUUGAAAAAGCGGAACACAAUUAAGCUGUGGUACUCAUUACUGCCCUUCCAAAUGCCAUCAAAUAUAUGAUCACUCCAAGAUGAAAUGCCACGCAUUGGUUCAGGCUGUCUGUUCGCAGAAGCACAGAUCCCAGCGCCCUUGCUCAAAGUCUCAGGCGGCUUGUGCGAUUUGCGCAGAGGAAGAUCGACAGAGAGAACAAAUUCGAAAGCGAAAUGCGCAACUCGAUGCCGAACGUGAUGCCAAGAGGGCUGCUUAUGCAUCACAACUUGCGGAAAAUCAAGCUGAGAUUGAUCACCAGAGACGCAUUCUACAAGAUCACCGUGAGGCUGAAGACUCGGCUAGGGUACUCGAGCAAAAGAAGCAGGACCUAGCCAAUCUAAAAGUAACAGCAAAUAAUCUUGCAAAGCAGCGACAGUCCUGCACCAAACCACAAGCGACUCCUGCGUCUAAGUCGUCGGGCAAGAAAGUGGCUGUGGAGAACGAAGAAGACUGGUCAUCAGCAAAAAAGCAGUGGGAGCAUUUCAAACGCUACGAAGGCGCAGACAACGAAGCUCUUGAUGAUUUGAUGGGUAUGAUUGGCUUGGAAGACGUAAAAGACAGGUUUCUUGCGAUCAAGUUGGAGGUGGAUACUGCUGUGCGUCAAGGCCUCGAUAUGUCAAACAAACGCUUUGGAGCCUCUCUGUUAGGCAAUCCUGGAACUGGCAAAACCACUGUCUCUCGGCUCUAUGCCAAGUUCCUCACUUCUGUCGGAGCUUUGCCCGGGAGUGAAUUUGUCGAGACGACAGGCGCAGCUCUCGCAAAUGAAGGGGUGUCUGGUUGCAUGAAGAAGCUAGAGGAUAUUCAGAAUAAUGGUGGUGGUGCUUUAUUCAUUGAUGAAGCAUACCAACUAGCAUCUGGCGGUAAUUUUGGGGGAAUUGCUAUUCUUGACUUCAUUCUUGCAGAAGUGGAUAACUUGGCUGGAAAGGUCGUCUUCAUUCUCGCUGGAUACAACAAACAGAUGGAAAAGCUCUUCGCACAUAACUCUGGCUUCUUAAGUCGCUUCCCACACGAAUUUCAAUUCAAGGACUACGAAGACGACGAGUUACUGCAGAUACUAACCCAUAAAAUGAACAAGAGAUAUGACAACAGAAUGGAGGUCGAAGAUGGGCCAGGCGGUCUCUUCGCUCGCAUUGUUGCACGGCGCGUUGGUCGAGGCCGAGGACGAGAGGGCUUUGGAAAUGCGCGCGACAUGGAAAAUACCCUCUCCAAUAUCGCAAGCAGACAAGCAGUCCGAAUCUCGAGGGAGAGGCGUGCCGGGGAAAAACCAGACGACUUCUUUUUCACCAGUGCUGACCUCCUCGGCCCUGAGCCUACCGAAGCGCUGAAUAACUCCAAGGCUUGGAAACAGCUUCAGAAUCUCAUUGGCCUGUCAGCUGUCAAGAAAACAAUCCAGGCCUUAUUCGGCACUGUUCAGUCCAACUAUCAGCGCGAGCUAGACGAGGCGCCUCUAAUCGAGUAUUCCCUCAACAAAGUGUUCCUUGGAUCCCCUGGCACGGGUAAAACCACUGUUGCGAAGAUGUACGGACAGGUCCUGGCGGAUCUUGGGUUCUUAUCAAAUGGUGAAGUUGUUGUAAAGAACCCCUCCGACUUUGUUGGCAACGUCCUUGGCGCAUCCGAGUCUACAACCAAAGGUAUCCUUGCCUCCACGGUGGGAAAAGUUCUUCUAAUAGACGAAGCAUACGGCUUGUGUGGUUCCUUGGGUGAAUCUUCCACCAGCGACCCUUACAAGACUGCAGUGAUUGACACCAUAGUGUCCGAGGUACAGAGUGUGCCAGGUGAUGAUCGAUGUGUUUUACUCGCAGGCUACAAGGAGCAGAUGGAAGAGAUGUUCCAGAAGGUCAAUCCUGGUCUUAGUAGGAGAUUUCCCCUUGCUUCCGCUUUUGUAUUUGAAGAUUUCGACGACGGAGAAAUGGCAAAGAUCUUUGACCUCAAGCUUAGGAAAUUAGCAUUCAAUACAACAGACCUAGGCAAGCGUGCUGCAAUGGAUGUGCUACGACGGGCUCGCAAUAGACCUAACUUUGGUAACGCAGGUGAAGUUGAUAUUCUCCUUGAUCAUGCCAAAGCUAGACAGCAGCAGAGGCUCAAUGAGGGGAACGGUGGUGAUGACCUCUCGCGUUUCCAGCCCAUUGACUUUGACGAAGACUUUGAUCGAGGCGAACGUGCAGAUACAAAUGUCCGCCUGCUCUUUAAAGGCGUAAUUGGUUGUGAGACUAUCAUAUCUCAGCUCGAAGGCUACCAAAAUGCGGCGAGAGAGCUGAAAGCAAUGGAUAUGGAUCCUAUGGAAGAGAUUCCAUUCAACUUUCUUUUCCGCGGUCCACCUGGUACUGGAAAGACUUCAACUGCGCGCAAAAUGGGCAAAGUCUUCUACGAUAUGGGAUUUCUUGCUAAAGCAGAUGUUGUCGAGUGCUCCGCUACCGAACUGGUAGGAUCCUACGUCGGCCAAACUGGACCCAAAGUGCAAAAGGUCCUUGAGAAUGCAUUGGGCAGAGUCCUUUUCAUCGACGAAGCUUAUCGCCUUGCAGGGGACGGAUUCGCCAAGGAAGCAAUGGAUGAAAUCGUGGAUUGUCUAACAAAGUUGAAAUAUGCUCAAAAGCUUAUUGUCAUUCUGGCUGGUUAUGACGAUGAUAUAAACCGUUUGAUGGCGCAAAAUCCUGGUCUCACAAGUCGCUUUCCAGAAGCCGUAAUAUUUCGUGGGCUGGAGCCUACUGACUGCCUCGACCUACUAAUUCAAUUGCUGAGAGGCCGUCAGCUGGUUAUGCGGAAGAAAAAGAAAGACUUGGACUUGUCGACCUUGGAGGUUCCCGCGCCAGACUUCAAGCAGGAAACACUAGACCAAUUCGACACUCUCGGCAGGAUCGCAAAUUGGGCCAACGCCCGUGACGUGCAAACAAUCGCCAAGAGCAUAUUUAGCCAGCUUUUGAAAGCUGGCGAUAUGAAGAAAGCCAUUACCGUCGUCACGGAGGAUCAUGUUCGCAACGUCCUCGACUACAUGAUCUCUGAGCGUAAACUGAGGCAAGACGCAACCAAAAUACGACCUAGCUCUCUCCAAAGUGAUAUGAUGGCUCAGAUGCAUAAUUUCCAAGCACCCCCACCUCCCCAGACGGCUGCUACUAGUAGCUCCGCUAUGAACACUUCGGAGGCUGAGACUCCUCAACGAUUAGCAAAGGAUGUGCCACCAGCGGCCCCAACAAACGAAAUCAAACGUGAUUCUGGCGUUAGUGACGCUGUCUGGGAACAACUGCAGCGUGACAAACAAGCAGCCAAGAAGAAGGAAAAGCAAUACCAAGAACUCAUCAAAGAAAGCGCUGAUGCAGCAAAUAACACCGAAAUUUUCCAGCAGAAAGAGCAGGCGUCCGAGCAAGCUUUUCAGCAAGCCAUCAAGCACAAUAAAGACCAGUUUGUCUUACAAGAAGCCAAGCGGCUUCGCGAGAAGGCUCGUCUUCGGCAUGUCAUGGAGCGUCGUGCUCAAAAAGAGCGUCUUGCCGAGCUAGAGAGUCAGCGCAAGGCUGAAGAAGAAGAGCGAAGGAAAGAGGCGAAGGCGCAGCAGCAAUUGAGGACUCUGGGAAUUUGUCCUGCCGGCUUCAAAUGGAUUAAGCAGAAUAGCGGCUAUAGGUGUUCGGCUGGCGCUCACUUUGUUACGGACUCGGAGCUAGGGGUAUAAGGUAGGAAUAUGGACCAGAGUCACAGUCGACUAAGAUCCGAGAGGAAGGGCCUUACCUUUAUACAGCUCUUCUUUUACGACCCUUCAUAGAAGCCUGUCGAUUACAGCACCAUUAGGCCCCGUAAGGCAAUAAAUGGGUCCAAGGCUAACGCAACCAAUCAUGAAUUUCGAAAUUUAAUAGCCAAUCAAUUCUAGCACGUAAGAUCCAACGAAGCGGUUGGCCAUAAGACAAUAUAAGUUAGUUUAGAUGGAAUUGCAAAGAAUUAACAAAGAGAU